AUGGAAAGAAGAAAUAGCUAUUCCAGGCCUUUUCUUAGACCUACAACAGCUUCCCGUGUAGCUGAAGUAAGAAACAUGCGGGAAAGUCUGCUACUGGCAAAAGCCAGCCAAGGGUUUGCCACUGAAACGGACAUAACGCUUAAAAAUAUUUUCAGAGAGAGAGCCAAGGCUAUUGCGUAUCUGCAACAACUUUACGAACGAAGGUAUGGUUUGUUGAACGCGAAGAGCGAUGGCUUUAAAAUCCAAAGUAACGCGGAAACGAACAGUUUUCAGUCGAGGAGCGAAGAGAAAGAUGAGGUGAAAGCUCCAAGAGUACGACGAGUAAGCCUGGAUGCCAAUAAGACGGACGAAACGAGGAAAAGAAUUCAAGAAUUUUUAACGCGAGAAUUACCGGGACAAAGUGGACAGUCUAAAGACACCCAAAGAGAAAAAUCGAAAGUAGAAAGCGCCGGAAAUGUCUUUGGAGAGGAAGGAUUUAAUUUAGACGCUCUUUUUGAUACGAAAGGCUCUGAAAGUCACGGAAAAGAGCAAGUUACUUCUAAAGCUCCUUUCCGGGUUCGUUCGCGAGUCUCUGGUAUAUGCCUCUCACAUUGUCACUCUCAUUUGCCUUCUGCAAACAACAUGGCAAAAAUGCAAAGGAAAUUUUCAGAACCUUUAUUUCCAGUGAGAUCUCCUUGUAUCCUUAGGGAGAGCUCGCAUCGAAAUCUUAGCUCUCCGCUUGUAGUUACUCAGAUAUCACAGAGACUUACAAAACUUGAUAAUGUCACGAACUCUCAUCGACCCUUAACGGCGAAAGAAAAAACAUCCGCAGGCAAAAUUGUGGUGAAGAGAAGGUGCCUUACUCCAAUGCCGACAGAAAAGCAAAGUUUUUUAUUUAACUCUGGUACUUGA